GACUUUCAAUCAAUUGAAGUAUAUGGAGCUUGAUGGGUUGACUAGGUUGAGAUGUUUCAGCUCAGGUGGAUACACUUUGAUGUUCCCUCUCUUGGAAGAUAUCAUUGUGAAUAGAUGUCCCAAGAUGAAGUUCUUCUUCGAGGGACCAAUGGAGGCGCCAAAGCUAGAGAGAGUACAAACAAGUUUGAAUGAAAGGUAUGGAGCAACAAAGUACCAAUAUUUUAGGAAGGGAAACCUCAACACACCAUCCAAAAUAUGUUUCAAGAAAUGGCUACAUUUGCUGGGACUAAGUUUAUGAGGUUGUCUGAGUUCCCGGAGCUGAUUGGAAAAUGGCAUAGUGAACUUAAUCCCAUCACGUCAUCUUGGCAAUUAGAAUCACUAGUGGUGGAUAAAUGUCCAUCAUUUAUUAACGCUAUUCCAUCCAGUUUGAUGCUUGUUUUAGAGAGAAUGACAAGCUUGCAAGUGCACGAUUGUGAGCUUUUGGAAGAAAUAUUCAAUCUUGAAGGGCUUGAGGCUGUGGAUUGCACUCAAGUGUUGCCUCAGCUACAAUAUCUGCACUUGGUCAAUCUACCAAAGUUGAGGCAACUAUGGAAUAGAGAUCUCCAAGGAACAAUGUGCUUCAAUUCUCUAGGGCAUCUUAGCCUUUAUAAAUGCAGCAACUUGAGACAUGCUUUUGUUCCAUCAAUGGCUCGGUGCCUUCCCAAUCUAAAGAAGAUGGAAAUAAAGGAGUGUGAUCAAAUGGAAGGAGUGAUUGCAGACGAAGAAGGGCAGGGAAGCACGGUGGAGGAGAUUACAUUCCCAAAUCUUGAGUGGAUAACUUUGGAAUGCUUGCCCAAUUUGACUAGUUUCCUCUCAUGGAAGAAUCAUACGCUAGAAUGCCCUAUUUUAUCAAAGCUGAGCAUUGCCCAUUGCCCCAAGAUGAGAAGUCUAACUUGGCAAUCUUCGAUGGAGAUUGACAAUGGCACCCCUUCACUUUUCACUCCACAGGUACAAUUUCCUAAACUUAUGUCGAUGGAUCUCUCCCACAUGGACAAUUUAAGCAAAAUAUGGAUUGACACUCCUCAAGAAACUCUUACUUUUGAUUGUUUAUGGAAAGUGGAGGUUCGGAACUGUAAGAGCCUUGAAAAUUUGUUUCCAUAUUGGGUGGCUACAAGUUUAACCCAACUUGGAAAACUUCAAGUGGAGUCUUGUGAGAUCGAGGAAAUAGUCGCUAGUGGGGAUGACACUCCACGCUCCAAUACUACUCAAGAUCUUUUCCCAAAACUAACCUCUUUGGUGUUACAUGACAUGCCACGACUCAAGAGCUUUUGUCCUAACUUGCCUUUGAAUUUGCCAUUAUUGAAGGAAUUACGAGUGACUCAUUGUGAAAAACUGAGCAUGUUAUCCUUUGUGGCAUCCAUGAACAGAUGGGCUCAAAGAGAUGAUCAACAAGACCUUUCAGAUCAAGAAGCACACUCUUCAUUUGAGAGGGACUUUCCCAACUUGGAGAGACUUUUAUUAGUCAAUAACAAUAUUCAGAUGAUACAAGAUGGAAAUUUUUCGGAUGACAUGUUUAGUAAGCUAAAAGCACUAACACUAGCAUGCUUUCAUGAUAAAAAGGCUGCCUUUCCUUCCAUAUUCCUCCUAGAGAGAUUUCAGAAUUUACAAAGCCUUGAAGUCUUCUGUAGCUCCUUUGAAGAUUUAUUCCCGAACGAAGGGCUUGUUGAAGAAAGGAAACAUCCGGUGCUUGAAAAUUUAAGAGAACUUAAGUUGAACAAGCUACACAACUUAAAGUGUGUGUGGAGAGAAGACUCUUUAGUGUCGAAAAUUCUUCAGAGCAUCGAAACAUUUGAGGUUUGGGAUUGUCCCUUGUUUUGA